CAGUCAAAGAAGCUCUAAAGUAAUUAUCAAAAAAAAAAAAAAACGAAAACACAACACACUCCCCUUUGAAUUCUUAUCAAACCCAAACCCACGAAAAAGAAGAAAUCUCAUGCAAGCAAAGCUAAUUGUUUGCCAAAGAAACAAAAGUCAAUGGCCUCUCUCUCUCUCCCACUUUCUCUCUCUAAACAAGACAGUUCAUUGAGAGAGCUUUAGAUUUUUUUUUUUUUUUUUUGGUUCGUUCCUUCAUUCACGAAAAAUCCCUUUCCAUAUCUCGCCAUGAAAGGCUCAGCCACUACCAUAUUCGCAUCACUGCUCGUGCUGUUCGCGAGCUUGGGGUUUUGUUCCGGUGUGGCCGAGGACGACGUCAAAUGUUUACGGGGAAUCAAGCAGUCGCUGCGGGACCCACAAGGGAAGCUCGAUUCAUGGGACUUCUCGAACACCUCCGUCGGAGUCAUCUGCAAGUUCGUCGGCGUCUCCUGCUGGAACGACCGCGAGAACCGGAUCCUCAACCUCGAGCUCCGUGACAUGAAGCUGGCGGGAUCGGUCCCCCAGGCUCUGGAAUACUGUGGAAGCCUCCAGAAGCUCGAUUUCGCCGGCAACGACCUCUCAGGUACGAUCCCUUCCCAGAUCUGCACCUGGUUACCCUUUGUCGUUGACUUGGAUUUGUCAAGCAACAAGUUUUCGGGUCCAAUACCGCCGGAAUUAGGAAACUGUCAGUAUCUCAACAACCUUGUUCUUUCCGACAACCGUCUCUCCGGCACGAUUCCGUAUGAGAUCGGUAGCUUGAGCAGGCUGAAGAUAUUCUCCGUCGCUGAUAAUCAGCUCACAGGGACGGUCCCGUCGUCUCUGAGCCACUUCGAGAAGGAGGAUUUUACCGGCAACAGUGGGCUCUGCGGGAAGCCGUUGGGGAGCUGCGGUGGUUUGAGCAAGAAAAAUCUGGCCAUAAUUAUUGCUGCUGGAGUGUUCGGCGCCGCGGCUUCGCUCCUGUUGGCUUUCGGGUUGUGGUGGUGGUACCAUGUGAGGUUGAGUAAGAGGAGGAAGAGAGGAUUUGGGGUUGGGAGAGAUGGGGAUUGGGCUGAGAGAUUGAGGGCUCACAAGUUGACGCAAGUUUCUUUGUUUCAGAAACCGCUUGUUAAGGUCAAACUGGCGGAUUUAAUGGCGGCUACGAAUAAUUUUAGUCCUGAGAAUGUGAUUGUUUCGACGAGGACUGGGACUACUUACAAGGCUGAUCUGCCUGAUGGGUCGGCUUUGGCGAUUAAAAGGCUUAGUACUUGUAAGCUUGGGGAGAAGCAGUUUAGGCUGGAGAUGAACCGGUUGGGGCUGAUUAGGCAUCCGAAUUUGACACCCCUUUUGGGAUUUUGUGUGGUGGAUGAAGAGAAGCUUUUGGUUUAUAAGCACUUGUCUAAUGGGACUUUGAAUUCCUUGUUACAUGGGAGUAAUGGUGGUGAUUUGGAUUGGCCUACUAGGUUCAGGAUUGGUCUUGGAGCUGCUAGGGGUUUGGCUUGGCUUCACCAUGGGUGUCACCCUCCAAUUAUUCAUCAGAAUAUAUGUUCUAGUGUGAUAUUGAUUGAUGAGGACUUUGAUGCUCGGAUAAUGGAUUUUGGAUUGGCAAGGCUUAUGACUUCUGAUUCACACGAGAGUAGUUUUGUUAACGGGGAUUUGGGAGAGCUCGGUUAUGUGGCUCCUGAGUAUCCGAGCACUCUAGUUGCUUCGCUGAAAGGGGAUGCUUAUGGUGUUGGGGUGGUGCUUCUGGAGCUGGUGACGGGGCAAAAGCCGCUUGAGGUGAGCACUGGCGAUGAGGGUUUUAAGGGGAAAUUGGUGGACUGGGUUAAUCACCUAUCUAACACUGGUCGAAUGAAGGAUGUUAUCGAUAAGUCACUACUUGGGAAAGGACAUGAAGAGGAGAUUUUGCAGUUCCUGAAGGUUGCUUGUAAUUGUGUGGUUUCUCGCCCGAAAGAGCGGUGGUCGAUGUACCAAGUAUACCAAUCAUUGAAGGGUAUGAACAACGAUCGCGGCUUCUCCGAACAGGAUGAUGAAUUCCCACUUGUAUUUGCCAAGCAAGAAGUUUAAAUGUGGCCUUAGAGCAGCGAAGAUGGGAUAAGAAUGCACAUGGCUAAAAAGAUAUUCAUCUUGAGGUAAGUUCUCAAAAGGCUCUUUAUGUAAAUGGCUUUAUAUCCGUUUUAGCUGAUUUUCCCAAUUGUUAGUCUAGCUGUAUAAUACAAUAAACUAUCUGAACGAUGGGGUUCUGUGGCAAAGAAAUUAUUGUUUGCCCUUUAUUAUAUGAAAUACAUUGUACUAUGAGGCUCC